UACAUGCUGCAAGAUUCUAAAUCAUUCAAGUGUUGGGGAAAAGGGGGGAGCAUCCUGUUAUUGAAAUUAUGAAGGGGUCUUCCACCUGCUUUGGUGCCUAACCAAGAGGCACUGUAGCAGCCUCCUCUUGACAGCAGAGAGAGGCCAUUGUUCUGCAGUCCACAGCUCAAAAAACUGAAAACACCUAAGAGAUGGAUAAAAAAGAGCUAAAGGCUUUUGUUCCAAAAUUUGACAAGGUCCCUUGGCUUAGUGAGGCCAGCCUGGUGAACAAGCCUUUGGUACUCAGCAUCCCUGGAAGAUAUCAUUCCUCUGCCGCUGUUCUGACUUUAUGCAAGAAGGGUAUGGAUUUGCCAAAUCUGCUUCAAGUUCCAGAUGUCAUAUAUCAGGCCAGAAAGAACAAGCAUGAAAACCUGUCACCCAGGAACAAGCAGCUAUGCUCCGCGUGUCGAGAAAUGAAAACGGUACAGCCAAAAAAUUUCAUAAUCCCAGACCAUCAGAAACCAUCCUUCCAGAAUUCUGUGGAUCACAGAGAGAUGCUCCUUCAUCAUCCCGAUAUCCAGCAGUUUGAUCACCCCUGCAAUGACAUUCCAACAGAGAGCAUUCGCUACAGACUGCCCAUUAUGGGCCCCAGGACCGCUGUCUUCCACAGGCUGCUGUCAGGUGCCUACACAACUCCUCUGGAGACUCAGCACCUCUCCCUUCCCAGAAAGAAACUAAAGAGCAAGACAGUGAAGCAGUGAGUGGUCAGAGCUAAUUACCCCUCAAGUGUCAGGGAAAAGACCACCUCUCCGAACUGUUCUGAUACUGGUGCCUUCCCAUCCUGAAAGAUGAUUCAUUUUUUUCCUUCCUACAUGCUGCUAGUCUAGCUCCUACCACUUCCUCCUAAAGAUAAAAUGGUUUAAUUUACAUAAAUAUAAAGAUUUAUUGAUUAACACAGAA